UCCUCAGAACCGUAACCGCUCCUUGCAGUGUAUCCUUCAUGCGUGCUCAAUAUCCGAUAGUUUCAUCUUUGAUAUUCUAACUACCAUCCAACCUGUUAUCGAUUGGUCAAGAUUCGCUCCAUACCUUGCUAGAACGGGUUACGUACUUACUAUUCUGGGUAAACAACUCCAACACUUAGCCGAUAGUAUCGCACUGACACCCAAGGACCAGAAGGACUGUGCUACGAUCAAUAGAGAAUCACGGCGCGCCGCUCACGCCAACAUACAACGAUCUAAACGUGUUCAUCUCAUUAUGGAUCUAAUCGAAACGCAUCAAGCCAAGCAUAUAAAAGACCUCCAACUACGCCUUACCAAGAACCAACGACUAACACUACACUGAAUUUGGCCUUCAGUGGCAAGAAACGGCCAAACAAUGCACAGAAGCCUACAACGAAGAACUCCACACUCUUGAAACGUCCAUGACGUUCGAGGAAUACAUUCAAGAAAACCACCAUCUAGAACAUUGCUCCCAUCCUACAUCACUAGGUACGUUCUUUUUUUGACAACAUGCUACACGUCAAUCACAUCAAUUAAAACACGUUCUGCACGUCUAUCCACCUCAUCAUGAAUAAGAAGCUCCUUCGGAUCAACACAUUGUGUUUUGAGGGUCCUACAGCCACGGGUAAGUCACUGAUUUUGAAUCUCAUUUGCCAAAAUUACAACUAUGGCACGAUCCAACGAUCUGGCGAUCAUUCUCAGUUCUUUCUACAAAACCUCGUCCAUAAAUCAGUCGCUCUGAUGGAAGAACCUAGAAUCACACCCAUCACUGUCCAGGGCUUUGAAAAACUUCUUGCGGGCUCAUCCUUUGACAUACAUGUCAAACAUUCGCAAGACAUUACACUACGUCGUCUCCCUGUCCUCAUAUCCACCAAUCACAAGUUGUCUAAAUACAUACCAUCUGUCGACGCGCAAGCCACAUAUAACCGGUGUCACACGUACAUCUUUUCAGUCACCGUCGGAUCGCCGGAGCUACCAGAACCCCUUCCAUUUUAUGCGCCUGCCACUUUGCGCACUGGUACUCCUCCUGGUGGCGAACUCAUGCAGGUCGAUUCGACGACGAACGAGGAUGAGCUUCCCGAUGAAACUGGACAGUCCACCUCAAGAAGCCUACGACUACUGCGAUCCCGAUACUACUCAAUACCUGUAACCAUCACACGAACGCAGCACAUCACCAUCAACCAGUACAAACCAGGAGACAACACCGACAUCUACGCUAUUACAUGCCUACCAACAUCCACGUUCGAGUUUUGGUAUCUUGCAGCAGAUCAAACCUUUGCGGAAAACUUCGGUGCUCUCAGACAAUACUUUCCACUGUGUACCUUCGAUCGUGCUACUCAUCGCAUAUCCCAUCACAUCCCCCUACAAAAAUCCCUACAAAGUACCACUGCUACGGACAUUACUGCGUUCAAUACCGCACCAUAUACAUCGCCACGGAUGACGACGGUUAUCUGA